AUUCAAUACGGAAAUAAUAUGCAGAAUAAAAAGUUCCUGUUCGAACGACCGGAUUCGUAUCGACAAACGCCUACGAUGUUGUUUAAAAAAUCGGAAUUCGGCCAAGUUGAUGUUUCCAACAUAUCGAUGAAUUUGUUGCCUCAGUUUAAUUUGUUCCAUAAACGUCAGUUCGACGAAAGCACAACUGACUCGUCGUUUUUCACAACGCCACCGAUGGAAAAAAAAUCCGUCGUAACGCCGAAAGCGCCAAUAAAAAACAAAAAACAGACCAAGAGGGUGGACCUUAAACCAAAGAAGUUGCAAUACACGGAUGAAGACCAGGACAGCGGCAUACACAUUGUAUCCGAUCACUCGAGCGACACGUUAUUUCGUAAAAGAUACACACUUAGGUGUAACAGAUUCGAUUCCACACAGAAAGAGAUUCCGAGAUUACGCACAAAGUUAGACAAAAUUAAAGUACAAUCGAAUGAUAAAGAGAACGAUAAAACCGUCAUAGGAAGUAGAUGUGAAAACCUACCAAACACUAGAAAUAAUGUAUCACAAGUAUCAUCUGUAGUAUUUGAUCCAAAUACUGAGGUAAUAUCUCAAUGCAACAGUAAUCUUGAUUGGAAACAAACACUGCAUUGGCUACAGAGUAGAAGAGAUGUUGGUCUUUGGAUUGAGUGCUGUAGACGUACAUGCAAGAAACUUAGAUAUGUUCAAGACGUUCAUGAUCCAACAGAAGUACCAAAAAUAUGGUACUGCGAGAUGAAUUCUGAUAAGUCAAUAGCAUCUUGCAAUAUACCAGAACAACCUAGAACACCAGUCAUUGAUGCUGAUUUGAUUGAAAAUUCGUACAAUGCCGGUAGUAUUGUAUGGGCUCAUGUACAGGGUUUUCCAUGGUGGCCUGGAAUAGUUAAUGAUUGCCCUGAAACAUUCAGAUACUAUGAACUACCUAAAAGAUCUCACAGGCCCGUGAGGUACUAUGUCACAUUUUUUUCUGAUGAUAAACUGGAAUCUGCAUGGUUACACAAACGAUAUAUUAAACCAUUUGCACAGAUAAAAUACAGCACACUUAUUCAGAAGACAAAAUUUGAUGGGACUGAGUAUAAAAGCUUACUGGAUAAAGCAUACGAAUUGGCUUUAAGUGCCCUACCAUUAUCGAUCUUAGAAAGACUACAAAAAUUUAGUUACGUAGCAUUGUAUAAAAAAUUGAUUGAUGUUAACAACAUAAACGAAUCAGUUAACAUCGACGAAAUAGCAAUGGAUACGAAUUCGGACGACGAAAUACCUCCCUCAAACCCCACAAAAGAUUCUCUUACAUUAAAAGAGUAUUAUUUGACAGUAUUGCGUAAAAGAUAA